AAUACCGGGCCGGCCGCUCAGCUUUUCUCUCCUGCAGGACCUUACCUGUUCCUCGCUGUACAGUCUUCCCGCGCUGGCUUCUCUCAUGUACUAUGUCCGCAGUCUCUGGUCAUCUCCUGUACUAUGUCUGCAGUCUCUGGUCAUCUCCUGUACUGUGUCGGCAGUCUCUGGUCAUCUCCUGUACUGUGUCCGCAGUCUCUGGUCAUCCCCUGUGCUGUGUCCGCAGUCUCUGGUCAUCCCCUGUACUGUGUCCGCAGCCCCUGUCAUCUCCUGUACUAUGUCCGCAGUCUCUGGUCAUCUCCUGUGCUAUGUCCACAGUCUCUGGUCAUCUCCUGUGCUGUGUCCGCAGUCUCUGGUCAUCCCCUGUGCUGUGUCCGCAGUCUCUGGUCAUCUCCUGUGCUGUGUCCGCAGUCUCUGGUCAUCCCCUGUGCUGUGUCCGCAGUCUCUGGUCAUCUCCUGUGCUGUGUCCGCAGUCUCUGGUCAUCCCCUGUGCUGUGUCCGCAGUCUCUGGUAAUCUCCUGUACUGUGUCCGCAAUCUCUGGUCAUCUCCUG